AUGCAGCGCGCUCUCUCUUCCCGGACUUCUGUCCUCACGGCCGCCGCGAAGCGUGCCCCUUUCUCCCGCUCCAGCUUGAACCUCCAGCAGCAGCGUUUUGCUCACAAGGAGCUCAAGUUCGGUGUUGAGGCUCGUGCCAGCCUCCUCAAGGGUGUUGACACUCUCGCCAAGGCCGUUACCUCGACUCUUGGUCCCAAGGGUCGCAACGUCCUGAUCGACUCUCCCUACGGCUCCCCCAAGAUCACCAAGGACGGAGUUACUGUCGCCAAGGCUAUUCAGCUGCAGGACAAGUUCGAGAACCUCGGUGCCCGCCUUCUCCAGGAUGUCGCCUCCAAGACCAACGAGCUUGCCGGUGAUGGUACCACUACCGCUACCUGUCUUGCCCGUGCCAUCUUCUCUGAGACUGUGAAGAACGUUGCUGCCGGCUGCAACCCCAUGGAUCUGCGCCGUGGUAUUCAGGCUGCCGUUGAGUCCGUUGUUGAGUACCUCGAGAAGAACACCCAGCCUAUCACCACCGGUGAGGAGAUCGCCCAGGUCGCUACCAUCUCCGCCAACGGCGACACCCACGUCGGCAAACUCAUCUCAAACGCCAUGGAGCGUGUUGGCAAGGAGGGUGUCAUCACCGUUAAGGAGGGAAAGACCCUGGAGGACGAGCUCGAGAAGGUUGAGUUCGAGAAGCCUCUGAUCCUUCUGUCUGAGAAGAAGAUUUCCGCUGUCCAGGACAUCAUCCCUGCCCUGGAGGCCUCCACCACUCUCCGCCGUCCCCUGGUCAUCAUCGCUGAGGACAUUGAGGGUGAGGCUCUCGCCGUCUGCAUUCUGAACAAGCUCCGUGGUCAGCUCCAGGUCGCUGCCGUCAAGGCUCCCGGCUUCGGUGACAACCGCAAGAGCAUUCUCGGUGACCUGGCUGUUCUCACCAACGGUACCGUCUUCACCGACGAGCUCGAUAUCAAGCUCGAGAAGCUUACCCCCGAGAUGCUCGGCUCCACCGGCUCCAUCACCAUCACCAAGGAGGACACCAUUAUUCUCAACGGUGAGGGUACCAAGGACAUGAUCGCUCAGCGCUGUGAGCAGAUUCGCGGUGUCAUCGCCGACCCCGGUACCUCCGAGUACGAGAAGGAGAAGCUCCAGGAGCGUCUUGCCAAGCUCUCUGGUGGUGUCGCCGUCAUCAAGGUCGGUGGUGCCUCCGAGGUUGAGGUUGGUGAGAAGAAGGAUCGUGUUGUCGACGCCUUGAACGCCACCCGCGCCGCCGUUGAGCAGGGUAUCCUCCCUGGUGGUGGUACCGCUCUGCUGAAGGCUUCCGCCAACGGCCUUGACAAGGUCAAGCCCGCCAACUUCGACCAGCAGCUCGGUGUCAGCAUCAUCAAGAGCGCCAUCACCCGCCCCGCCCGCACUAUCGUUGAGAACGCCGGUCUCGAGGGUAGCGUCAUCGUCGGCAAGCUUACCGACGAGUACGCCAAGGACUUCAACCGUGGCUACGACAGCUCCAAGAGCGAGUACGUCGACAUGAUCGCCAGCGGUAUUGUCGACCCCCUCAAGGUUGUCCGCACUGCUUUGGUUGACGCCAGUGGUGUCGCCUCCCUGCUCGGCACCACUGAGGUCGCCAUCGUCGAGGCCCCCGAGGAGAAGGGCCCUGCUGGUCCCGCUGGCGGCAUGGGUGGUAUGGGUGGAAUGGGUGGCAUGGGUGGUGGUAUGUUCUAA